AUGCCUAAAUCUGAAAUUGAUCAGAGAGAAAAACAGGAGAACAGAGAAGAUGACCUAUACCUGUUUCAUCGAUUACUGAAAGCUUUUGAUACUGUUAUCGACGAUAAAUUAUACAGUCUGAGGCCUUGGCCCGACACUACAAUCCUGUUCAGGUUCAAUGAACAAGUUUCAAAACAAGUCCGGUCACGAUUUUUAUCUGCAAUCAAUAUUAUGCAAAAUUUGACCUGCAUUCAAUUUAAAGAAGUGUUCUCUGCACCCUUCAACCAGUCUUACGUUGAGGUCAGACAGCCGAAAGACAGAUGUUAUUCCACCAUCGGCUUUAGAAAGAUCGCUAUUAUGAAUAUUUCCAGCGGCCCCUGCUCGAAGAUCCCCGUCAUCAUCCACGAGCUGAUGCACGUCCUCGGCUUCCACCACAUGCAUUAGCGCUCUGACAGAUCUAACUAUGUCGAUAUCUUAGAAGAUAACAUUCGCCCAGUAGCGCUGUUGAAUUUUAGAAUAUCCCACACGGAGACGUUUGGAAUACCUUAUAACGUAGAGUCUGUCUUGCACUAUGGACCGUUCGCCUUUACCAAUGACGAGAAUAGCGCCACUAUUAUUCCUCUCCGUAAGGUAGACAGGAAAAUGUUGCACAGACGGAAGUUCGGCAGGUACAUGGGUCAGCGAGAUCAGAUAACACUGCAUGAUAUUGCUCGCAUAAACCGCAUGUACCAUUGUACCAACCACUACCUCGGGAACAACAUCACCGGUGCAGUGCCCUACGAGAAGUGGAUCAGGGAGGGCGAUAAUUAG